UGUUGUCUGCAGCUUACUGAGUUAAGCUUGCAGCUUUGAGACACUGUAACCAUACUAUUUGUGGAACUUCUUCAGCUUGUGCUCUACAAAUCUGCAUACAGAUAACUGCAUCGUCUUCCAGGCUGUGGCACAGCUUAACCAUAAUCUUUUGAUGAAGCCUUGCUCUUGCCAGUUCCUCUGUGCUAGUAAUCUGAAUACAGAUCAAUGCUGCAGUUUUUUUUCCUGAGCUUACGCCCAGUUUGCACAAUGCAUCAGCUUUACAUUACAUUUGUUGACAGUGUAACCGUGCUGCAGUCUUGCCAAUACCAUCUGGAUAUUUGGUCUGCCUCAGGAGCUCAAAUAGCAGUAAGCGUUUUGGAAUUUAUCUGAAUACUGGUACUGCCAAAAUACACACCAACUUGUUUUUUCGAGAGAAUGUACACAGCAACUUGGCAAGCCAGGCAAACUCGAGCGAAGUGACUGCCUGCCUGCCUACAAGGCCAAGCGUGGGCCGCUCCUCUCCUUCCCUUGCCCGCCUUGCUGUUGCGAUUGCCGCCACAAAUCGAGUGGCGGUUAAAAAAGCAGAGGAGAAGAAAGGGAAAUCCUACCCUCCGUCGCAGCGAAAGGCUCCGGUCUGCUGCACGCAGCGCCAGCGAGCGAACCUGCAGCUCCAUGACGAUGGCCGCGCGGCCGAUCCCCUCCUCCCCCGCCACCGUCUCCCUGCCCGCCCCGCUCCUCUUUCUCCCGCCGAUUUCUCGGAAGCCGUCGGCCUCCUUAUCCUGCAGCAGCAGAGCACGCCGCGGCGCCCGGUGCUCCGCCGCGAACAAGCCCUCCUCACCCCCUUCCGCCGCUCCGGGCAACGAGGUAAGCGGCGGCAGCAGCAGCUCCAUGGCCAAGAUAAGGAGCGAGGUGCUGUCCCCGUUCCGGUCGGUGCGCAUGUUCUUCUACCUCGCCUUCAUGGCCAGCGCGGGCCUGGGUAGCCUCAUCGCGCUCACGCAGCUCCUCCCGGCGCUGGGGAACCCCGCGAGGGCGGCGGGCGUCCCGGAGACGCUCAAGGGCCUGGGCAUCGACGUGGCGGCGGUGGCCGUCUUCGCGUUCCUCUACUCGCGCGACCGCAAGGCCAGCGACGCGCAGGUGGCCAGGCUGACGCGGGAGGAGAACCUGUCGAGGCUCAAGCUCCGCGUCGGCGACGGCGGCCGGGUGGUGCCGCUGAGCGAGCUGCGGGGCAGCGCGCGGCUCGUCAUCGUCGCCGGCCCCGCCGAGUUCGUCGCCGAGUCGUUCCGCCGGAGCAGGCCGUUCCUCAGGGACCUCAUGGAGAGGGGCGUGCUGGUGCUGCCCUUCCCCACGGACGGCAACGCGCCGGCGCUGGAGUUCGGCGAGGACGGCGACGGCGGGGAGGCGGAGGCGGAGGACGAGGAGGUCGUCAGGAAGAGCAGGAGGCUCUGGCAGCUCUCGCCGGUGUACACCUCCGAGUGGGCAAAAUGGUUGGCUGAGCAGAAGAAGAUGGCGAAUGUGACGCCUGAUUCCCCUGUGUACCUGUCGCUGAGGAUGGACGGCCGCGUCCGGGGCAGCGGCGUCGGCUAUCCUCCAUGGCAAGCGUUCGUGGCGCAGCUGCCGCAGGUCAAAGGGAUGUGGUCGGGACUUUUUGAUGGAAUGGACGGGAGAGUGUAGGUUCUUUUCGGGCUUUUUUUUAUCGUGCUCUGUCUUCUGAAAUUCGUGUGGUUUUGCAAGCUUGCAUGCUACACACAUGUAAAGCAGGCAAGGGCAUGUCUGAAUUGAUUAGUUCAUGCGCAACUGUCACGAUGACAAAAGAUGUAAGGUUGACUCUUUUUAAAGAUCAGUUUGACUGACUA